CCUCACCUAAGAUGGCAGCGGGGGCGGUCUCUCCCGCGGGAAGAUGGCGGCUGAGGGGAAGGGCGCUCUGGCCGGUGGCGGAACCCGCUUGGCUGGCUCCGCGGGGCUUGCAUGACGCUCUGGCCAUGAACGCAGCCAGAAGUGGCUACCGGGUCUUCUCGGCCAACUCCACGGCAGCCUCCACUGAGCUGGCGAAGAGGAUCACGGAGCGUCUCGGUGCUGAGCUGGGGAAGUCUGUGGUGUACCAAGAAACCAAUGGAGAAACAAGAGUUGAAAUAAAGGAAUCUGUGCGGGGACAGGACAUCUUCAUCAUACAGACAAUCCCCAGAGAUGUGAACACUGCUGUCAUGGAGCUGUUGAUCAUGGCGUAUGCACUGAAGACUUCCUGUGCCAGGAACAUCAUUGGGGUCAUCCCUUACUUCCCCUACAGCAAACAGAGCAAAAUGAGGAAGAGGGGCUCUAUAGUCUGCAAGCUGCUGGCUUCCAUGCUGGCCAAGGCAGGUUUAACACACAUUAUCACAAUGGACCUUCAUCAAAAGGAAAUUCAAGGCUUCUUCAGCUUCCCAGUAGACAACCUGAGAGCAUCCCCUUUCUUGCUUCAGUAUAUACAGGAAGAAAUUCCAGACUACAGAAAUGCAGUUAUUGUAGCCAAAUCUCCUGAUGCAGCUAAAAGGGCUCAGUCCUAUGCUGAGAGGCUGCGGCUGGGACUAGCAGUGAUCCACGGGGAGGCUCAGUGCACAGAGCAGGACAUGGAAGAUGGACGUCACUCCCCUCCCAUGGUCAAAAAUGCAACUGUGCAUCCUGGCCUGGAGCUGCCGUGUGUUGGAGAAGUGUCUUCCCACCUCAACAUAAUCAUAAUCAAACCCGUUGGCCAGCUCUUCCUGCCAUGCGUACCACCACCAGCAACCCCAGUAGUGUAAAGUGUGAUGAUAGAGUGAGAGAAAAUUGAACAAGAAAAAGGGAGAACAUCUCUUUAGGAUCCGGGUAGGUCCACGUGUUGCCUACCAUCCCUGGAAACUAAAGGAGAAUUGAAAUACAGCAUUUAAACCCCAAGAGAUGGGAAGUGCUGCUCAGGUUGUAGCUGCUGUGUUAGCCUUUGAGCAUAGCAAGGAAUGGGUCUGCUUCCUUUAUGGAAUGGAUUUAUUGAAACUUCAUGUGUUUCUGGGUAAAACAGUGCUGCAUUUCAGCUCCUUGGGCCUGUUUUUUUGCUUAGAAAGGGUUUUUCCCUGACCUGGCUGUUGGAAAUGGGUCUUAUCUGUGGAUGCACACCAAGGGUGGGACAGCAGCUAUGUGGAAUCCUUUUGGUAUUCCACAGCUCCUGCUGAGAGUUCUGUUCCUGCCCAAGCUAGAUAACAAGCUAAUAACUAAUCCAAGCAGGUAGGUAGUGCCUAGAAUUGAAAUGUAUGGUCUGCUUAUCUCUUGUGAUGCUUAAUCUUAGUUUUUCCUUCUCCUAAGAAUAUUUUCCCUUCCGGAUUAGACGUGACUUUGCAUUUGAUAGACUCAGGAAUCAUGCAAGGAAAGCUGAGAAUCUGCUCCAAAGAGCAGUUAACUCUUCAAGUCCAAGGUAGCUGUGACUUUACCUGCAAUACCCAGCAGUGAGUAAUGUAAUUUUGGUCAAAGCAGAACUUUUGUCCACCUUCUGUACAGUUUUGGUCAGCUUAUGGAGAACCAGUCUGUGGAGUUGGUUGUGUGUGUGUGAAGAACAGGUCUCCACAUGAAUCUUUGGAGCUGUGGUCCUCAUAAUUGCCUCCAUCAUAUCCCUCAGACUGACAACACUCAGCAUUCCCAGGCACUGAGGAGUUGUGGGAAUAGUGCUGCAGCAGCCUGCUGUGCAGAUCCUUUUUGACUCGAGGGGGCAGAAAUCACUUUUCAGACAGGGUUUUUGAUGGGCACUGGCUUAUGUUCUCAUGCUGCUCAAGUAUUCCAUCAAAGUAGGCUAUCUUGAAGGAGAAAAAUCUCCCUCUUUAGGGUGUCCAAACCUCCUUGGCACUGGAGAAGCCUCUGUGGCCUUGGUAGGACACUUUGCACUCCCCAUAGAGAGCAUAAAACCUGGGGAGUGCAGGUGGGGCAGGUAAGUAUUACAAAUGCUGGAUGUUCCUCUUUCCUUCAGUGGUUAGAUCAGCCCAGACUGUCACCUAAUGACCCACCCAUGCCCACCCCUGUGUCCUUUGUGUGCUGCAUUCACUAUAUGAACCUCUGGCAGGUGAGAGGUUUGGCUUACGGACAGUGAGUCCCUGGCCUGUAUCAGAGGCUGACUGCAGUCUGGUGCCACAUCUGAACACCCUCAAUGCACCUGAGUUCAUAUCUCUUACUUUUCCUACUGCUUUCAGGAUAAAGCCUGUUACAGAUGUACUUUGUGCAUGAACCAUGUCAGUGCACAGUUAGGCAGGCAGGAGUGGAACCAGGUUUCCCAGUGUACUCUUCACCAUGUGUCAACCAGCUCAUCAGUGUGUCCUUUUGCUUCCAAUUAUUGCUUGCACUGAGCUUAAAGGACUGGGUUUGAACUGGGUUUGUCCUGCUCUUUCCACUAAUCCCCUUUAAAACAAACACUUAUCAGAAAAGGAAGUUUGCAGAAGCAAAUUGCAGAGCAGGUAUUUUUAAGGUCCUUACACCCUCUGAAAGAGCCUUGCAUGUUGUUUGGUGAGACGAGAGAAAGCAAGCAGGCUGCAGUGUGGGUCCCAAAUCCUUCCGAGGAAUUAGUGGGUCCAGCAGGUGAAGAACUGCACUUGUGAAGCCCUUGAGAGGUGUUGCUCAGAGAAGCCCAUUUGAUGUUCCCAGUCAGGAGAUGUCCCUUUUUCCUCAAGUCCUGUUCUGGAGCACACAAAGUCACUGAUACCGCCCAUAAAUGAGGUGCUGCUUUGGAGCUUCCCUUGCACAGGGGGCUGCUGGAUGUUCGGAUGUGGUUCCUGUCUCUGAGAUCAGUACAAGGUCCCUACAGUAACAGAGAGUUUCAGCCUUGUGCAGCACUGCUGUUUAUUUCAGGGGAAGUGGAGGAGGGGAAAAAGAGGGGAAUGAUUUUAAAUUGGAAGAGGGUAGGUUCAGCUUAGAUCUUAGCACCCUGUGAGGGUGCUGAGGCGCUGGCACAGGGUGCCCAGAGAAGCUGUGGCUGCCCCAUCCCUGGCAGUGUUCAAGGCCAGGUUGGACACAGGGGCUUGGAGCAAGCUGCUCCAGUGGAAGGGGUCCCUGCCCGUGGCAGGGGUUGGAACUGGAGGAGCUUUAAGGUCCCUUCCAACCCAAACCAGACUGGGAUUCUAAGAAAACAAUGGUUAAACCAGCAGUUACCUGUUUAGGUGGGUGUCAGGAUAACAUGAAGCAUGUGUCUGUGCACCAGUGUAAGAUGUAGUUAAAGGCUGGGCCUCUUGUGUGGUGGAGCUGUUGUGGUUUGACUUGAGGGUAACUGACCUGGGCUUUUCUUUUUUCUUAUU